AUGGAUUUGAAUAGUGUUGUGAUACAAACCAAGCUAGGAAAGCUUAGAGGAUACUCGAGGAAGUCUACACUCACUGACCAACCUUAUUAUGCAUUUCAAGGAAUCCCCUACGGGAAACCUCCCCUUGGGGAUCUCAGAUUCAAGCCUCCCCAACCGUUCGGCGGGUGGGAAGGUGUAAGAGACGCCCUCCAGGAUGGUCCUGACCCCAAACAACCUGUCUUGUUGCCUUCUCCUGGAGAAGAUAGUGAAAAACCAGCCACAGGAGAUGAGGACUGUCUUUACCUUAAUGUUUUCAUUAACAAGCUUCCAGAUGAAGUCGCAUCAAAAAAACCUGUGAUGGUUUCUAUCCACGGAGGUGGUUUUCUUGGAGGGUCAGGAAGUCUGAAGGGAAGUGGUCCUGAUUAUAUGUUAUACGGAGAUGUGGUUUUCGUUUCCUUCAAUUACCGAUGUGGAGCUUUUGGGUUUCUAUCUCUGGAGAACGAGGAGGUUCCGGGCAACGCAGGACUCAAGGAUCAGACCUUGGCCUUGAAGUGGGUCCAUGACAAUAUUGACAGUUUUGGUGGUGACCCCAACAAUGUCACCAUCUUUGGUAUGAGCGCAGGAGGUACUUCAGUUAACUAUCAGAUAAUCUGCCCUCCUUCAAGAGGGCUUUUUCACAAAGCUAUCAUGCACAGUGGCUUUGCAUUAAAUCCGUGGGCUUUCCAACCAAACCCUCGAGCAAAUGCCUUGAAACUGGCUAAGAUCCUGGGUUGUGCGUCUGAGAGUCUUGAUGAGAUAGUGAAAUUUCUCCAGUCUGCUCUUGCCGAUGAUAUCGUGGAGGCCACCAAGAAAAUGGUUGAUUACAAGGUAUCAAUGAACUCAAUCAUAUUCUCUCCGAGUGUGGAAGCCUUGCCAGGAUCAGAACCCUCCCUUCCUGAUACUCCUGAAGCCCUCAUGAAGAGAGGAGACUUUGUCUGCGUCCCUGUCAUCCUAGGCUGCUGUGUCCGAGAGGGAGUUGUCGCUGCGUAUCAACUCGGUGAGGGUGACUUUGAAAAAAUGAACACCAACCAUGAAAGCCUGGUGCCAUCUAUGUUGGGGCUCAGACCUGGGAGUGCUGAAGAGUCAGAAGCUGCGAAGGAAAUUUGGGAUUUCUAUUUUCGAGGAAAAUCUUUGUCCUGGGAUAACAUAAAUGAUUAUUUGUUGUAUGAAAGUGACCUCCAGUUCAGUUUUGGAAUGGAACAAACCAGAACGUACUUGUUAAAAAACUCGUCGGCACCGGUCUACACCUACCUGUUCACAAACCACUCACGAUGCAUGUUGACAGCGAUGAAAUUUCCGUACCCAGAACACGAAUCAAAAGUUAAGUCUUCAGAUACUUGUCAUUGUGACGACUUUGGGUAUUUGUACUCCUUUAACCUUCUGGGAACUCCUGAACUGAUUCCUGAAUAUAAGGAUGCAAUCAUUAGACACGUCAAGACCUGGACUCAUUUUGCUUCCACCGGUGACCCAAACAAUGAAAAUCUGAGAGUUACUUGGAGGGAAGAUUCUGCUACAAAUCCACGUUAUAUGGAUAUUGGAACUACAUGGAAAAUGACAGAGGGAAUGCCUCUCCCAGAUAGAAUGGAAUUCUGGAAGAAUCUCGUCUCAAAAUACAGCACUGUUUAAAAUACAUGUUUAGUUAUUCUAUGCCCUCCUUCCUAAAUAAUAGUCUUACUUAAUAUUCCCACAUUAAGUCAUGGGAAGAGUUUCACUAUGAUUAACGAAUAUACCCUUAAUACUAAAAAUGUUGAUACUAUUAUUUAUUUGGAUUUGCUUUAGAGGUAAUAAUCUAAUAUGUUAAAAUACUUUCACUGCCUUGAAGAAUAAAUAAGUUAAGACAUGAACAACGUAUUGUAAAUGUUUUUUAGAAACCAAUAUAUUUUAAAAUAAACAUGUUGGUGUAGUUUUUCA